UAAAACCCUUUCGUCCUCUUCUCUUCACCGGAACGCUUCUCUUUCGACUACGCUCGUUGCUUUUCAUUAUAUCGAUGACUAGUCAAGAAACAGGAGGAAUGUUUACAGUGGCACAAACCAUAGGCAGUGUUCUAUGCUGCAAAUGUGGGAUUCCAAUGGCUCCAAAUGCAGCCAACAUGUGUGUGAAAUGCCUCAGAUCAGAAGUAGACAUAACAGAAGGCUUACAAAAACACGUAAUCAUAAUCCACUGCCCUGAAUGUGACACAUACCUUCAACCACCAAGAACAUGGCUCAAAGCCCAACUCGAAUCCAAAGAGCUCCUAACUUUCUGUGUGAAAAGACUAAAAAACCUCAACAAAGUCCUCCGAUUAAUCCAUGCUGAAUUCAUCUGGACUGAACCACAUUCCAAACGCCUCAAAGUCAAACUCAAAGUCCAAAAAGAAGUUCUUAAUGGAGCUGUUCUUGAACAAUCUUACAUAGUCGAAUACGUGGUUCAAGAUCAAAUGUGUGAGUCAUGUUCACGUGUUCAAGCCAAUCCUGACCAAUGGGUUGCAGCUGUUCAAUUAAGACAACAAGUAGCUCACAGAAGAACAUUCUUCUACUUAGAACAACUUAUCCUCAAACAUGAUGCUGCAGUUCGUGCAAUCAGAAUCAAACAAAUGGAUCGAGGUAUUGAUUUCUUUUUCUCCAAUCGUAGUCACGCUGUUAAAUUCGUGGAAUUUGUUCAAAAAGUUGCUCCAAUUAAAAGCCGAAACGAUAAACAACUCGUGUCACACGAUACUAAAAGCAACAAUUAUCAUUAUAAGUACACAUUUUCGGUUGAAAUUUCUCCAAUUUGUCGCGAAGAUCUUGUAUGUCUUCCGCCAAAAGUCGCUUCUACCCUUGGAAACAUUGGCCCUUUGGUUUUAUGCACGAAAAUCACAAACUCAAUCGCGUUUCUUGACCCGUUGACUUUGAGAAACUGUUUUCUUGAUGCUGAACAAUAUUGGAGGACGAAUUUCACUUCACUUUUAUCUUCUAAACAGCUUGUGGAGUAUAUAGUUUUGGAUGUUGAGUUAAUUUCACAUGAAGUGAAUGUUAGUGGGUCGAAAUAUGUUAUGGCGGAUGUACAGGUGGCAAGGGUUUCUGAUUUUGGAAAGAAUGAUACGAUUUUUUUUGUGAGGACUCAUUUGGGGCAUUUGUUGAAUCCUGGGGAUUUUGCAUUAGGGUAUGAUUUACAUGCAGCGAAUAGUAAUGAUAUUGAGAUUGAUAAGUAUAAAGGGCUUUCGAUUCCGGAGGUUAUUUUGGUAAAAAAGAGUUAUGAGGAAAGGAGAAUAAAGAAACGAGGGAAGCCGAGGGCUUGGAAGUUGAAAUCUUUGAAUAUGGAGGUGGAUAAUGGUGAGACUAGAGGUGGAAGGGUAGAUUUGGAAAAGAUGAAUAAUGAGUAUGAACAGUUUUGUAGGGAUCUUGAAGAGAAUCCGGAGUUGAGAUUUAAUAUUUCACUUUAUAGAAAUGAGGAGUAUCAGAAAUCGGAAAUGGGGUCGGUUUUGGAUGAUGACGAAAAUGCCCCUUCUGUGCCUUUGGAGGAAUUGCUUGCUGAUAUUAAGUUGAGUGAUGAUGAUUAUGGUGAAGAUGAUGAUGAUGAUGAUGAUGAAGGAAUGAAGGAGUAAAUUGGAAUGGAAUUCCAAUGCCAUGUUUUUUUUUGGUUAGUUCUUGUUUUGUUUUACUUAUUUGAUGUUUUAUUUGCAUUUUAUGUUGGAAAAAAUACAAGACAUUUGGGGUCAUAUUUUGGAUUUGAUAUGUAUUUCUUUGCUAGAUUUAUUACGAAUUCGGCAUAUAUAUAAAUU